AAUCAGCUCGACAGAGGUUGGACGUUAUCGUCUUCUUUGUCACGUAACUUAAUGACCUGCGUUUCUUUCACCGGUCGAUAUCGCAAUUGACACAUUUUUCUACUGCGAGGUAAAACCCUAAGGAAAUUACGAUUUCCCCUUGACCAGAUAAACAAGAGUACGAGUUCAUUGCUGUCGCAAUGCUUUUCAAAGUCUGUCAGAGGAUUUGUUUCGAGUUGUUCAAACAAAUUGGAAGGAAUUUGAACGUUUAACAAAUACUAAUGCGUCAGAGUUUCGAAACUGCGCGAAACUCCCUGUUUCAGUCAUUCGAAAUCUCUCGAUUUCUGACCCUUGUUUAUCACUUGCGCAUAAUGUGUUGUUACAAUGUUUGAGUGAACUGUGCUUUGCAUCCAAGAUACAGGUGUCUAACAAGAACCUAGCUGGGCAAUUAUUUCAAUCCAACAAUGGAUUGGCAAGUCGACGUCGAAUACGAAGGAAAAUGGCGGCGGAGGAAGGGAACGAAAUCUGGAGCCGUUAGCGUCCCUUUCUACAAAUGACUUCCAACCCAUUUGGUUUUAUCUUUUUUUGAAUGGAUCCCUUAAAUCUAGGACAGGCCAUCCAGUACUCAGUGAAUGCCCUAAUUUAUGGGGUUCUUUAAGGAUAACCAUCGGCGAUGGAAGCAGGCAUUAGUGUGCGUUGACACGAUAGGCCAAGGCAGUGAAAUCAAUCUUGAUAGUUGUCUUCGGUUUAACCAAAGCAUUGCACUUAAAAGCCGUGGCAACUAGCAGCCGAAAAUUCCGUUUCAACAUGGAUAAACUCAGCUGUCUUUUUCAAAUUUUAGCCUUUGGGCUUGUCUUGAAUGCCGGAGGCAAUCCACUUAAUCCCUUUUUAAACCGCAUGGAUUAUAAAAGGCCAGAAAAGGUUUUACCCAACUAUCAAGAAGCCUUCGACGUUGGGAAUUCAUCCCGUGGGCAACGUGCAACUUGCCCAGAGGAUUAUUCACCUUGUACAUGCGCCCUAACCAUCAGUGGAUUGGAAAUUACCUGUGCUGGUGUAUCUGUCGAAGACAUCCAGGACGUGUUCUUCCGCACGCAAACUCUUCAACUGUAUUUGGUUUUGUUGACGGCUACAGUCUCACCUUCGGGUACGAUCGCAUUACCCAGCGAUUUACUUCAAAACAAGCAUGCAGACAACAUUUUCCUCGUUUGCCCGUCGGAUGCAUCGCCAAACGUGGGUCUCACCAUAGAUCCAUUUGCGUUUCAAUUCACUCGUUUCGAAACGACCAUAAUGGGCAUUCUAAAUUGCGAUCUAUCGGCGCAAGCAGACAUGCGAUUCUUGAACGAUUUCACUGCUUUGCAUACGCUGCGCAUCGAGAACACGUUAAACGUGGAAGUCAUUGAAACUCUUCCGUCAAGUACGUUACCGGCUCUUAAGAAACUCAUCAUCACCGGAUGCACCGGAUUGGAAAAUGCUGCUUUCCCUGAUUUGACACCUGCAAGAUUAGAACGACUGUACCUGAACGGCAACGGCUUAAAGGACGAAGCCAUCAACAAUAUUUUGAUCUCUAUCGGUAGUUCAUCUUCAUCCAGCUCUUUGAAAGAGCUCGUUUUAGCCGACGAUGGAAUGACGAAAGUUCCAAGAAUUGGAUCGUUUUCCCAACUAAGUGUGUACGACGUUAGCUAUAACGACAUCCCGUUCAUGAGUCAAUCAUCUUUGAUGUUCAGUUCGCCCGUCCGAUUAGUCAGUCUUAAAAGUAUUUCCCUCUCUGCUAUCGAAGGAGAGGCGUUCGAAGGUGAUUUCUCGGUGGCUCAAUUCAAUUUGGAGUACAAUCAAUUGACAGAGUUUAGAGAAGACGUUUUCAAAUCAAUGCUGGAACAAAUGGCGGCAUUGCCGGAUGGGGAAGGCGGUCAAGUCCUCGUCACUGGAAACCGGUUUGCGUGCGGUUGCGGUUUGGCCUGGCUCAUCCGAGACCAUCAAGACCUCAUCCCCAGCGUCAAAAAUGGAGUUUGCGAUGGGUUUUUCAGGUUCGAAGACAUUAAUCCCAAUUCAUUCAUCAAUUGCUUGUAAAGAAGAUGAACCUAGAGGGAUCCCGGAGGUGCCAAUAGACAUGCCCAAGUUAGUUUUUAAACGAAUUCUUUUUCAUAAGAUAAACUGAUACAGAAUUAACAUGUGUUAAAUAAAAAUGCUCGGACAUCACUUCAUUUGAAUCAACAUCAAUAUUGUGUCCAGCGCUGGAAAAGGUAUUUUUUUUGUUUUUGGUUUUUUUAUGGUUUGAGUUUUUUACAUUAGAAAACAAAAGUGAAAGGCUGGAAACACUCUGUAGCUUGCAUUGAGUAAUGCACUUAUCUGAUUUGUUGAUAAUUUCAUGACUCCUAUCCAGUUCAGAGAGUUUUUUAAAGUCAUGAAAUCUGAGGGGACUUGGAAUGAGUCUUGACAAACAAGGUGAGAAAAUCUAGAACGACGAAUAACAUUCGUCGCCACAGGUUUUCCCCAUUAUCUAAUCCUCUUUCAACAGAUCGUUUUUCUU